GAAAGUGGAAUGGAAGCUUUCAAAGACAUGUCGGGCAAGGAAGGGGUCUGCAUUGCCCAUUCCUACAAGAUCUACAGCAAUGCCGGCGAGCAGAGCUUUGAUAGGCUACUGGAGAAGCUGAGAAGCCAUUUGCCCAAGGCGAGAGUUGUGGUGUGCUUCUGUGAGGGCAUGACAGUACGAGGGCUGCUGAUGGCUAUGAGGCGCUUGGGCCUCACUGGAGAAUUUCUGUUGCUGGGCAGCGAUGGCUGGGCAGACAGAUACGAUGUGACAGAAGGAUACCAGCGCGAGGCUGUUGGCGGAAUAACAAUCAAGCUUCAGUCUCCGGAUGUGAAAUGGUUCGAUGACUAUUACCUGCAGCUUCACCCAGAAACCAACCACCGAAACCCAUGGUUUCAGGAAUUUUGGCAACACCGUUUCCAGUGCCGGCUGAAGGGAUCCCCUCAGGAGAAUAUGAAAUUCAAUAAGACCUGCAGCAGCAAUUUGACCUUAGAAACACAACAUGUCCAAGAUUCCAAGAUGGGCUUUGUGAUUAACGCAAUAUACUCCAUGGCUUACGGCCUGCAUAACAUGCAGACGGCACUUUGCCCAGGCUACGCGGGUCUUUGUGAUGCUAUGAAGCCCAUUGAUGGACGGAAACUCCUCGAUUCUCUUAUGAAGGCCAACUUCACUGGAGUUUCUGGGGAUAUGAUCACAUUCGACGAGAAUGGAGACUCACCGGGACGGUACGAGAUCAUGAACUUUAAGAAAAUGGGAAAGGACUACUUUGACUAUAUCAACGUUGGAAGUUGGGACAACGGCGAACUGAAAAUGGACGACAACGAAAUUUGGGCCCACAAAAAUUCUGCCAUCAGAUCUGUCUGCAGCGAGCCGUGUGAGAAAGGAGAGAUCAAGGUUAUCCGCAAAGGUGAAGUCAGUUGUUGUUGGACUUGCACACGAUGUAAAGAGAACGAAUUUGUCUUCGAUGAAUACACAUGCACAGCUUGCGAGCUGGGUUCUUGGCCCAACCACGAGCUCACUGGUUGUGAUUUAAUCCCAGUCCAGUAUCUCCGCUGGGGAGAUCCGGAACCAAUUGCUGCAGUUGUUUUUGCCUGCUUGGGUCUCCUGGCUACCAUGUUUGUCACCGCGGUCUUCAUCAUGUACCGCGACACUCCAGUGGUCAAGUCGUCCAGCCGAGAACUUUGUUACAUCAUCUUAGCCGGCAUAUUUCUGGGUUACCUGUGCACUUUCUGCCUCAUCGCCAAGCCUCAGCAGAUCUACUGCUACCUUCAGAGAAUCGGCAUUGGCCUCUCCCCGGCUAUGAGCUACUCUGCGCUGGUGACGAAAACAAACCGCAUCGCGAGGAUCCUCGCCGGCAGCAAGAAGAAAAUCUGCACCAAGAAACCUCGCUUCAUGAGCGCCUGUGCGCAGCUGGUCAUUGCGUUUAUCUUGAUAUGCGUACAACUGGGCAUCAUUGUCGCUCUUUUCAUCAUGGAACCGCCCAAUAUAAAGCACGAUUACCCGAGCAUCCGAGAAGUAUACCUGAUCUGCAACACCACCAACCUGGGGGUCGUGACUCCCCUCGGAUACAAUGGCUUGCUCAUCUUGAGCUGCACCUUCUACGCGUUCAAGACCAGAAAUGUCCCCGCCAACUUCAACGAGGCCAAGUACAUCGCCUUCACCAUGUACACCACUUGCAUCAUCUGGCUGGCCUUCGUGCCGAUCUAUUUUGGGAGCAACUAUAAGAUUAUCACCAUGUGUUUCUCCGUCAGCCUGAGCGCCACGGUGGCUCUCGGCUGCAUGUUCGUGCCAAAGGUCUACAUCAUCCUUGCCAAGCCGGAGAGGAACGUGCGCAGCGCAUUCACCACCUCGACAGUGGUCCGCAUGCACGUGGGGGACGGGAAGUCAUCUUCUGCCACCAGCCGCUCAAGCAGCUUGGUCAACCUUUGGAAAAGGCGGGGGUCAUCUGGAGAGACCCUAAGGUACAAAGGCAGGAAGCUGGCCCAGCACAAGUCGGAAAUAGAAUGUUUCACUCCAAAAGGGAGUAUGGGGAAUGGUGGGAGAGCAACAAUGAGCAGCUCCAAUGGGAAAUCGGUCACAUGGGCCCAGAACGAGAAGAGCACAAGCAGGGGAGCCCACCUCUGGCAGAGGCUUUCCGUUCAUAUCAACAAGAAGGAGAACCCCAACCAAACGGCCGUGAUCAAGCCUUUCUCCAAAAGCACAGCCAGCAGCCAGCACAGCAGCAGCGGCAGCAGCGGCGCCACACUCACCGUCCCGCUCCCAGAGCCCAGUGCCAAAAUGCUUUAUGACGUCUCCGAAGCAGAGGAGCACUACCCGGCUCAGUACCGAGCUCAGACCCCUUCCCCCAUCAGCACCAUCAGCCAGAGGACCGCCUCACUCAGCCGGACGGAGGACGACGUCCCGACGUUCCAGACAGAGCAAACCCAGCGGAGCAGCUCCUCCCAAGGCUCCCUGAUGGAGCAGAUCAGCAGCGUGGUGACCCGCUUCACCGCCAACAUCAGCGAACUCAACUCCAUGAUGCUCUCCACGACCACGCCGGGAACCAUGGUAGCCACCCCUCUGUGCUCUACCUACCUGAUCCCGAGAGAAAUCCAGCUUCCUACCACCAUGACGACGUUUGCAGAGAUCCAGCCUCUCCCUGCCAUCGAGGUCAACGGCGCAUCCCAGUCGGCCAGGAAGCCGUCCUGUGGCAGCGUCAAAGAGGGGCCUUCGGCAGGAACACCAGCAGCGCCAAAGCCGGACCUCGAAGAGUUGGUGGCUUUGACGCCUCCCUCCCCCUUCAGGGACUCUGUCGACUCUGGGAGCGCUUCGCCCAGUUCCCCGGCCUCCGAAUCUGCCCUGUGUAUCCCCUCUUCGCCAAAAUACGAUUCGCUUAUGAUAAGAGAUUAUGCUCAGAGUUCUUCUUCUUUGUGAAUGUAGCUCACGUUCAACCUUGGAUCUCUACAGCUUCAAGACAACAGAGACGGGAGGCCAACCCUCCGAGAUCUCCAGUGUUUACAGACACAAAUGAGAGUAUUGGGUCACCUCGAAUAAAUAAUAAAACACGGACGCAGGAAAGGAAAAGACGAGUUACGCUCUUUAAACACACACAAAAUGAAAAAAACUGUUAGCAGAUCUUUGUGGCCUUAAAAACAUGGGCUUUUAAAUGAGAUAAAAAAAACUGCACCUAUCUUUGAGGGCUUUUAAGGAGUCUCUUAAAUCACAUACCAAGUGCUUUGCAUUAGAAUAUAACAAUGAACCAUCGACGACGCAUAUCAGAGAGAGAGUGUGAAAAGGAAGGUUGACGUGAAGCAACCGUCCAGCGUUUGUUUACUUGGAUUCCUUAACCCAGAAGUGAACCUUGACCUUUUAUCAAGAUAACGGAAGACCAAAACGUUGAAUGUACAUUUUCUAAGAGACUUCAGAUCUGGGACCAAAACAAAUCCAGCUCCUUUUUUUGGUUCAAGGCGUUUGUUUGGGUUUUUUUUAAAUGAAGAUCUCAACCAAUAGUCACCUAUUCUCUCUAACUGCUAACCUUUUUUUUUUUUGGCUAAAACGUUAUGUGUACAUGGCAGUCCUCCGCGUGUUGACAGACGUCAGUUGAUGCAUUGCAGCGGAUGACUGCAGUCACAGAGGGCUUUCCAAACGACUUCUCA